UCCUCUUAAGUCCCGCCUUCGCAAGCUCCUCCGCGUCGGCCCCUACCUCGAGCACGUUCGGGAGCGUCUACCGCGAGCAUCGUCCCCUAUUUGGGCAAGCUCCUGCUCCAUCUUCAUCGCCACCGCCGGCAUUAGCUGGAGCGGGCCCAUCGUCGGAAGUGGGCGCAGUCGCCGGAAUCGAGUGCCGCGUCGCCGUAAGUGGGCGCAGUCGCCUGGGUCGAGCGCCGCAGCCGCCGGGAUCGAGAGCUGCGGCCGCUUGGAGCAGGCCGCGCCGCCGGCGAUCGAGCGUCGCAGCCGCCUUGAGCAGGCCGCGCCGCCGAGAUCGAGAGCCGCGGCCGCUUGGAGCAGGCCGCGCCGCCGGGGAUCGAGCGUCGCAGCCGCCUUGAGCAGGCAGCGCCGCGGGGAUCGAGCGUCCCAGCCACCUGGAGCCGCGUGCCGGGGGGACCAGGCUCUGCAGGGAGGGGCGCGCGAGGAGCGAGGCGCACUGCAGGGAUUGGGCUCCGCCCGCCAGGAGUUGAGCUGCAGGUGUCGCUCGUUUCUAUUCUGAAAUUGCAGAGGGUUCAAUUCAACCCCGUUCCCCCACAGCAAGUCUGCUGCUGGCUAAAGCUUAUGGACUGGCCUAGAUGCACUACUCCAGAAGAGGCUCAGAUAUGAGAGUGCGCCUCUAGAAUAAUGUCUGUGCUUACCUGCGUGAUUGAAAGCAUGGGCUCAUCCUGUAGUAGACCUCAUUCCUUAAACGAGGCUGAAGCAGCUGAAAAUGCAAGGUCUGCUGACAUCGACCGGCAGAUUUUGCAACAGACAAAGGCAGAGCAACACAUCCACAAGCUCUUACUUCUCGGUGCUGGAGAAUUGGGAAAGUCUACAAUAUUUAAACAGAUAAAGCUCAUUUUCCAAACUGGUUUCGAUGAGGGAGAACUUAGGAGCUAUACUUCAGUCAUCCACGCGAACGUGUAUCAGACAAUUAAAAUUCUAUAUGACGGAGCUAAAGAGCUAGCCCAAGUGGAAUCAGAUUCCUCAAAAUAUGUUCUAUCCCCAGAUAAUCAGGAGAUCGGGGAGAAACUAUCAGAAAUUGGUGCAAAAUUGGAUUACCCAUUGCUGAACAAAGAGCUUGUACAGGAUGUAAGAAAACUAUGGCAAGAUCCAGCCAUUCAGGAAACUUAUUCACGUGGAAGUAUUCUGCAAGUCCCUGACUGUGCACGGUACUUCAUGAGCAAUUUGGACAGAUUAGCUGAAGUAGAUUAUGUACCACCAAAGGAGGACAUGCUUUAUGCAAGAGUACAGACGAAUGGUGCGGUAGAAGUUCAGUUUAGCCCUCUUGGAGAGAGCAAAAUAGGUGGAGAGGUCUAUAGGUUGUACGACGUAGGAGGCCAAAGAAAUGAUAGAAGGAAGUGGAUUCAUCUUUGAGGUGUUAAUGCUGUAAUCUUUUGUGCUGCCAUUAGCGAGUAUGAUCAGAUGCUAUUCGAGGAUGAGACGAAGAACAGAAUGAUGGAGACCAAAGGACUCUUUGACUGGGUGCUAAAGCAAAGAUGUUUUGAGAAAACCUCAUUUAUGUUGUUUCUCAACAAAUUCGACAUAUUUGAGAGGAAAAUACAAAAGGUUCCUUUGAGUGUGUGCGAGUGGUUUAAAGACUACCAGCCUACUGUGCCUGGCAAACAGGAGGUUGAACAUGCCUACGAGUUUGUGAAAAAGAAGUUUGAGGAGCUCUACUUCCAGAGCAGCAAGCCAGACCGUGUAGACCGAGUGUUCAAGAUUUACAGAACAACUGCCCUGGAUCAGAAACUUGUAAAGAAGACAUUUAAAUUGAUCGAUGAGAGUAUGAGGCGCUCCAGAGAAGGAACUUGAACGAGUAUGUGUUGUUGUAAGUCACAAGAAAAGUAAUUAGGAUGGUGAGAGGAACAGAGAGUUUACAGUGUCACAACUUUGCCUAUUGUAAUUCUUUUUGCAUGGGGAACAUUUAUUGAUCAUUUUGUUCUUCCACAAGCUGGUAAAGAUA